GAGAUAUUCGGUCCUAUUGCAUCAUUCUAUGUGACUGAGACAGAAGAAGAGACAAUCAAACUCGCCAACUCAACAAAAUUCGGACUUAGCGCCAGCGUCUUCCGUAAAGUCAAAUACGCCCAGGAAGUCGCCUUAAAGCUCGAAUCCGAUAUAGUUUUUAUUAACUCCUAUGCAUUUACUGAUCUAGAAGUGUCCUUCGGUGGUUUUAAGAACUCUAGACUCGGUCGCGAGCUUUCAGAACUUAGAAUUGAUGAAUUCGUGAAACGUAAACUUAUCCGUACUACUUUUUAG